GAAGGGCGCUAUCGUCAGUCAGUCUCGUGCCUUGGAUGAGUGCGCGUCGCGCGCGGUCCAGUCAGAAAAAGCGGCUUCUACUGGAACGAGCUCACCCGUGAAUGCGCCUCCGAGAAGUUAAAACAGCUGUCUAUCUGCAGAACACGACACGGGACCACGGAGAUACCGAGAUAAUGCUGUUGUAAUGCCUUGUUCUGAGGGCAAAGAGUCAGGAAGUAAAGUAGUUUUGUAUUGUUUAUUCUCCUGCGCUACAUUGUAAAGUGUUUUCCAACAAGAAGUCGCGGAUUCAUGAUUUGUUUUUGUCCAGAACCGAGGAUUAGGCUAUACUGACGGGGUCUCGAGUUCUCGAAUGAGAUUUUAAGGGUCCAGAAGCAACUUUUUGUAAUAAGGAAUGGCCACGGCACGGCUGGACUAUAUCGCUCCAUGGUGGACCUACUGGCUGCACAAUUUCCCCCACUUCAACUUCACCUUCCAGCCCGUUGAUAACACCUUCAGACCCGGGGAGGCGACCUACCAGCAGUCUCUGGUCUUCCUAGCCUGUAUAUCAGCUGCUGGACUAGUCCUGAGCCUCCUGCUGCUGUCUGUCUACCUGACCAGUGUGUGCUGCUGCAGGAAGGAGGAGGAGGAGGAGACCAAGAGGCCUGACUCCUGCUGUGUCUCCUGGACCGCUGUCAUCACUGGGCUCAUCCUAUGCUCUGCUGUUGGAGUGGGUUUCUAUGGUAACAGUCAGACCAAUGACGGGGUGUACCAGCUGACCUACUCCCUCCACAAUGCCAACCACACUCUGGGUGGCCUCAACAGCUUGGUCUCCAGUUCUCUGGGCAGUAUGGAGGUGGGUCUGCAGCAGCACCUGAAUCGUCUGGAUGAGAUCUUUGCUGCGCGGGGAGACUAUGUCCAGGCCUUGAGGUUCAUGGGUCAGAUGGCUGACAACAUCAUCAGACAGCUGACCGCCAUGCCGGACCUCAGCAAGGCCAAGGUGGACCUGUCGGCCAUCGCUGAUCAGACAGAUCACGUAGAAUACUACAGGUGGCUGACCUACCUGCUACUGCUGAUCCUAGACCUGGUUAUAUGCCUGGUGGCCUGUCUGGGGGUGGCAAAGCAGUCCCGGUGGCUACUCACCAUGAUCAUGGUGUUUGGGGUGAUAUCUCUGGUCCUGAGCUGGGCAUCACUAGGAGCAGGCACUGCUGCCGCCGUGGGCACCAGUGACUUCUGUGUGUCUCCAGACAAGUUCAUAGCAAACAGGACCAAGGAGUUCCUCAGUGCAGAAGUGACACACUACUACCUGUAUUGCAGUCAGAGUCUACCCAACCCUUUCCAACAGUCUCUGACUAUCUUCCAGAGGUCUCUGACCACCAUGCAGAUCCAGAUACAAGGACUACUGCAGUUCUCUGUACCUGUCUUCCCUACUGCUGAGAGAGAUCUUCUGGGCAUCCAGCGCCUGCUGAACUCUACAGAGUUCAACCUGAACCAGUUAACAGCCCUGCUAGACUGCAGGGGGCUCCAUAAGAACUACCUGGAUGGUCUGAUGGGGGUGUGUUAUGACGGGGUGGAGGGUCUCCUCUACCUCUGCCUCUUCUCUCUGCUGUCGGUCAGUGCCUUCUGUGCCAUGCUGUGUGCCAUCCCCCGGGCAUGGACCCUCAUCACCAGCAGGAACAGGGCCUAUGAUGACAUCGAUGAGGAGGAUCCGUUUAACCCCCAGGCCCGUCAUAUGACCUUCAACCCCAGUAGAGCCAGCCAUGUACACAGCUUCUGUAGCUACAGCAGCAGUCUGGACAGCCAGGCCAGUCCACACCCUCCACCACAGACUGCCGCCAUCCUCCCCACCUCAGAGUACAUGAAUCAGUCCAUGCUGUUUGGAGGGAACCCUCGUUAUGAGAACGUUCCUCUGAUCGGGAGGGGAUCCCCGCCACCCUCGUAUUCUCCCAGAAUGAGAACUACCUACCUGUCUAUGACUGACGCACAGAUCAGACACUUUGGGACAGAUUUCCAGCAGGUAUAGCCCCCAACUAUGGCCUACUGGUCCCCCUCAGGAAGGAUCUGUCUGGGACUACCACUGUACUGAGGAAUGGUCUGUCUGGGACUACCACUAUACUGAGGAAGGGUCUGUCUGGGACUACCACUAUACUGAGGAAGGGUCUGUCUGGGACUACCACUGUACUGAGGAAGGGUCUGUCUGGGACUACCACUGUACUGAGGAAGCAGAGUUUACAGAUCACCCUGUCCAUGUAUGUCUCACCCUGCUCUCCUGGCUAUCUGUUACUUAAAUGCAGGAGGUAUGGGGUCAACAACGGCUCAGGAACACACUGACACUCUCAAAGUCCUGUACUGUACGUGUAGAAACCAGGAGACUACAUAGAACCCUGAGUGUAAAGUGCAUCUCUCCCCAAACAAACCAACAAUUCAGUUAUGUGUUUUCUUCAAAUGUGAGUGUUCGUCUCGAGCCAGAUCAGAAGACAUGAUUGUUAUGAACCAAGUUGAGCGUUUAUAUAUUUUCCUGUGAGUGACGUCACCUUUGAUGGAUUUCAGGGGACAGCAAAUAACCAGAUUGAUUUCCUUCACAGCCAUAGACUGUUAAAUGGUUAUUACAUGAACUGUAUUCAGUCUUCCCCAACCUGUCAUCACUAUUACAAACUGUCAUCUAACCAGUCUAGCAUUCAGCUCCUCUUACACUUGACGACACAGCUCUUAUACUUGACAACACAGCUCUUACACUUGACGGCACAGCUCUUACACUUGACGACACAGCUCUUACACUUGACGACAC